CGCGGGCCUCGGCGCUGCCCCAAAGCCUACCCGGCUCCUUGGGGCAGUCGCUGCUGAGGCGGCCGCUCCCGGUGCGGUGGCCAGCGCCGUGGGGCCGCGGAAGACGGUGUCAGGUGAGAUGUUCCUGCCCUUGGAGCCCAGGCCCCUCUACAUCAGACCCUCCCCCGGGGAUCCCAGUUGAAAGGGCAGAUUCCUGGGACUCACCCCCAGAGAGUCGUGGCCCAGGGACUUGCCGUUAAUAAGCUCUCCAGAUCCUGCCUGUCUCCAGUGUGUCCAGGUCAGCUGUAAGGAGCCUCACCUGCCUCUUCACCAGAUACGGGAAAUCUGAGGUCCCAAAGACACAGUGAAGAUGUCUAAUGAACCACCCCCUCCUUACCCUGGGGGUCCCACAGCCCCCCUUCUGGAGGAGAAAAGUGGAGCACCCCCCACCCCAGGCCGUACCUCCCCAGCUGUGGUGCAGCCCCCACAAGGCAUGCCGCUGCCUCCUGCAGACAUCGGCCCCCCACCCUACGAGCCACCAGGUCACCCCAUGCCCCAGCCGGGCUUUAUUCCUCCCCACAUGAGUGCAGAAGGCACCUACAUGCCUCCAGGUUUCUAUCCUCCUCCAGGACCCCAUCCACCCAUGGGCUACUACCCCCCAGGGCCCUACCCGCCAGGGCCCUACCCUGGCCCUGGGGGUCACACAGCUACAGUGCUGGUCCCUUCGGGAGCUGCCACUACAGUCACAGUGCUACAGGGAGAGAUCUUUGAAGGCGCACCUGUGCAGACCGUAUGUCCUCACUGCCAGCAGGCCAUCACCACCAAGAUCUCCUACGAGAUUGGCCUGAUGAACUUCGUGUUGGGUUUCUUCUGCUGCUUCAUGGGGUGUGACCUGGGCUGCUGCUUAAUUCCCUGCCUCAUCAACGACUUCAAGGAUGUGACUCACACAUGCCCCAGCUGCAAAGCCUACAUCUACACAUACAAACGCCUGUGCUAACGGGCAGGGACUCAGUUUCCCCACCUGUCAGUCUAGUCCCCUGUGCUUUGCUCCCUGUGCUCAUGUGGUGGCUUUCCCACUCCCCCUGGAGUUGGAAGCUAUGCCACUGUCCCCUGGAAGUCUUGUCCUCUUAGCCUUGCUGUGCCCCGAGCAUCUGAAGCUCUUCCAGCAAAACUUCUGUUGGAUUUAAGGCCAAAGGUCAGUGGGUGACAGGGGAUGGCACCAAGCUUGUGCUGCUGGGUUGCUUGGUGGCAUGAUCAGGAAGAUAAGCCUGGAAGGGUCUCCAACUGGGGUCUUUGUACUAUAUUUCCAUCCAAGGUACAGGUUCAGUCUGGACUAUCCUUAGGACCAAAAGCAGUCAGAGCAGCCACUGGUCCCUAGGCUAGGCCUGCAGUGGGCCUAGGCCUGGAGCCACAAUGGUUUUUGACCUGUUUGGCAAAAAUGAGGUGGCCAUCUGGGGUCGGGGAGAAUGGACUCAAGCAGGACAGGGUCAUGAGGCCUGGUCUCGUUUGAGGUUCUUUGUGCCUCUAGGGUGAAAGGGGUAGGGUAUGAUGGUCAGAAAUGGUGACUGCCAACUCUGGUCUUCAGAACUCUCAGGUAUCAAAUCACAGGACCUCUAAUAGCCUGUGCAUGUGCCCAAGAGCCACCUGGUGUAGAGGAGAGGAUACUAGGUGACAGGUCCUGGGUAACCAACAGGGACUUGCCUCACGCCCCUCGUUGCUCUCUCCUGGUCAGUGUGCAGAUCCCCUUUCUGGCCACAUCUCUGUGAAUUGUUGUAUUUUCCAAGGCCAGAAGGAAUGCCCAUGAGCCUAACCCAUUGUUUCCUAGCUGCACAUGGGUUCAGCCUCUGCUUGGAAGAAGGGGCUUUCUCAGGGUAGGGGGUUCUGUGGGGCCCUUUUGUGUUUUCUUCUCAGUAAGUUCCAGGCCCUCUGGCGCAGCUGGCUCACUGAGGCACUAGGCUGAGGACAGGUUGGGAAGGAGGAAGGAGCAGCCACAAGUGGUAGGAAUGCCCUGGCAGAUGCCACCCCUGCCUGGGCCUGAGCACAACCUUUCUUUCUUGAGUGGUUUGUUCAUGAACUUGCUCCCAUGGAUGCUGUAACCCUGCUGCUGUCCCUCUCCUGGUCUCGCACUGCCACUGCAUGGCCUCCUGUCACUGUGAAUUGUGGCCCGUCUCAGUUUGUAGUUUCUCAUUAAAUUGGCUCUUCGCUCCCCUG